ACAUUACAUACUCUACUCUCCCUCCCUCCGACUCAUCAACAGUUAGUUAAUUUAUUGCUUAGUACUUGAAUUAAGCUACUAAUAAUUUGGGUUACUACUAAGUACUAUAUAUAUAUAUAUUUUGCAGUUAGCAUUUCGAAAUUGAAAGAAGAUAGAAAGAUCAAAUCAGUUGCAUCGAUUUCGUUGGAACGCAUUUUCAAAUCUGGUUCAUUGCAUUUGCAUACAUAAUAUACUCCCAUAACAUUCACCCAGAACCUCACACUCCUCCACCUCCGAUCUUCUCACAUGGCCCGAACUCCCUCCGCCGGAAUUCUCAGCCUCCUCUGCCUCCGCCUACCGCUCUCGCCAGCCUUCGGACAAAAUAGGAGAGGUUCUCCGCGGGAGCCAGCUCACCGAGGAAGAAGAACAGAGUUUAAUCAAGAUGAAACCAAGAUCAGGGUACAAAAUGAAUGAAAUUUCUGGAAACGGUAUAUUUCCGGCCAGUGAUGCAAAUUCAAACAGCAGGACAAGCAUACGCAUAUAUAAGCAAGCACCGAAUGGAGUUAGUCAGAUAUCAUUCAGCACAGAAGGAAGCAUCCCUCCUAAGAAACCAACCUCUCUACCUGAGGUAACAAAGCAGCGUGAACUGAGUGGAACGUUGCUAACUGAACCAGACUCAAGGACUAAGAGGCAAAUAUCAAGCGCCAAGACCAAGGAGCUGGUUGGAAAUGAUAUAUUUGGUCCUGCCCUUGAAGUUGUGCCUCGUUCCGCGGCACCUGCACACACUUUUGAAAUGGAAGAAAGCAAAGAAAUAGGAGAACCCUUUCCACCAAAUGUGCGCACCUCAGUGGAAGUUUCCGAUCCUGCAGGAGGCCCAAGUAAUGUCUCAUUCAGCGAAGAGUCAGUCAAUAAGACAUCAAAAAAGCUACAUAGCCAGAAGUUUGCAGAACUGACAGGCAACAAUAUUUUCAUGGAAGAUGGCCCUGCGGUAUCAGCGGAAAAGCCCCUGAGCAGUGCUAAACUUAGAGAAAUGACCGGGAGUGACAUAUUCGCAGAUGGAAAAGCAGAAACCAGAGAGUAUUUAAGAGGUUCCCGCAGACCCCCUGGUGGAGGAAGCAGCAUUGCUUUGGUUUGAGCUUUAUAUUAUGAUAGUUGGAUUUGUCCUAUGUAACCUUCCUAUAAUAAUGUCUUUACUGCAAGGAUUGGCGUGUUGGGAUAUCAGCAUUGUAUAGUCAAGUCAUGGUAUAACUCGACGCAGUAUAAUAAAUCUGCUACAUAUCUACGAUAAUUGUCUAUUUAUUUUGAUAUCAAC